UGUAAUCGUUGCAUAGUAUUGCACGUUUGCACGUGCAGAUGUGAGCGCGAUGUAUGGAUAAAUUUGCGGUUUUGACACUUUUGAUCUGACUAUGCAGAACUUAACUAAGUGCCCAAGACGGCACUAUAUAGUGUCUAGUCGAAUAUUCAAUUUUUCACCCAAAAAUACUUCUCUCCCGAGAGAACAAACCUUUUUUGGUAGUAAACAUUUAUGUAAUGGGCAUAAUAAUGCAGCGUAUAGGUUAUUUCUACCUGUGUCUUAUCACACUUAUAAGAAAAUAUAUAAGGAAUUUAAAGCUGUGCAGUCCACAUUGUUGUACAUCAAUGCAAGCAGAUUUAACUUUUCCCCAAGAUUUAACAAUGUCAGAUAUUUUAACACAACAUCUAGCAACUGUAAUAAGCAGUCAUCGAAAGAACCCGGUUCUGGAAAAUCGGACAAGGAGCCUGACAAAAAUGAAGAAAUGAAAAUACUUCUACGAAAACUUUGGAUAUGGUUUACGUUAUUAUAUAUUCUCCUAUUUGCAUUCAGACAACAAAUAGAUACAAAAGUAGAACCUGCAGUUUCUAUCUCUUGGAAUGAAUUUGUGUAUCACAUGUUGAGCAAAGGAGAAGUUGAGGCGGUUAUUGUAAAUCCCAAUACUGACCAUGUUAUAAUCAUACUGCAUGAUGGUGCUAUUAUUAAAGGAAAAAGGAGUUUGUAUAAGAGAUAUUUCAUGAUUGUUCCAAAUAUCGAAAAUUUUGAAGAAAAGCUGAGAAAAGUGGAGAAAGAUCUUGGCAUAAAAGCUGGCCAAGGAGUGCAAAUAAUUUAUGAGAGAAAGUUGGAAUACAUAGCGAGUUUUAUAAGAUUCUUGCUUAUUGCAACAAUAGCUACUGCUGCCUUUAUUUUCGUGAGAAAACGUUUCGCUUUUAAACCCCUCGAGUUUAUCUCACAGAUGAAACAAGCAAAGUUUACACUAGUCGAGCCAUUAAUGGGGAAGGGUAAGGGUGUGCGUUUUGCGGAUGUAGCUGGAUUGAAGGAAGCUAAGCUAGAGGUGAUGGAGUUUGUAGAUUAUCUCAAACAACCAGAACGUUACAGAGCGCUUGGGGCUAAAGUGCCGCAAGGCGCUUUGCUCUUGGGGCCUCCUGGUUGUGGUAAGACGUUACUAGCUAAAGCUGUGGCGACUGAGGCAGACGUUCCCUUCCUGUCCAUGAACGGCUCUGAAUUUAUCGAAGUAUUCGGCGGCUUAGGCGCUGCUCGAGUUAGGGAUUUGUUCAAGGAAGCCAAAAAGAGAGCACCAAGCAUCAUAUAUAUCGAUGAAAUUGAUGCAAUCGGGAAAAAACGUUCAGAAGGUUCACUCGGAAUCGGUGACAGUGAGUCGGAACGCACGUUAAACCAACUUUUGGUAGAAAUGGACGGGAUGAUUUCGAAGGAAGAUGUUAUUAUAUUGGCUUCAACGAAUAGAUCAGAAGUAUUGGACAAGGCGUUACUGCGGCCGGGCAGAUUCGACCGGCACAUCUUAAUCGAUCUUCCCACGUUGGAAGAGAGACAACAAAUCUUCGAGACUCAUCUCCAAAAAAUAUCUUUACGCAGCGAACCCUCAAAAUACUCGGAAUACUUAGCUUAUCUUACACCUGGCUUUAGCGGUGCUGACAUAGCAAAUGUUUGCAACGAAGCCGCGUUACACGCUGCGCGGGAUAAGAAAAAACAAGUCGAUAGUAGCGAUCUUAUGUACGCGAUUGAUAGAACGAUCGGUGGUUUGACGAAGAAGAACAAUCCGUUAAUACCAGAGAACAAACGUGUCGUCGCCUAUCACGAAGCCGGCCAUGCCUUAGUGGGUUGGUUGUUGGAGCACACGGACGCCUUGCUCAAAGUGACGAUAGUGCCGCGAACCAACAUGAGCCUGGGAUUCGCGCAGUACACUAAAUCCGAUCAGAAGCUCCACAGUAAAGAAGAGCUCUUCGAGCGAAUGUGUAUGAUGCUGGGUGGCCGAGUCGCGGAACACAUAAUGUUCGACAAAAUCUCAACGGGAGCUGAAAAUGAUUUGAAAAAAGUGACCAAGACGGCGUAUCUUCAAGUCCAACAGUUUGGAAUGAGUCCAGCUGUGGGUUUGGUUUCUUUUCACGAAGAAGCCGUCGAUACGAAAAAUAAGAAACCAUAUAGCAAAAAAUUAGCCAAUUUAAUGGAUGCUGAAGUGAGGAGAAUAAUUGGAGAAGCGUACGAACAAACUCGGCAAUUACUUUCAGAUAACAAAGACAAGUUGACCAAGCUCGCGGAAGCUUUAUUAGAAAAGGAAACGUUGACGUAUGAAGACGUCGAAAAAUUGAUCGGACCACCACCGUUUGGAAAGAAGCGGCUCAUGGAACCGGCAGAAUUUGAAAAAUCCGAUCCUCCUAGAGAAUCGUCGCCGAUGGACAGAGCAACGGCGUAGAGAAGUAUUUUUGUAGACAUUUUUAAGAAGACAUUGUAUAAAGAAAGAGAAAAACUAGCAUGAUAAGAUGUAAGAAUACAAAUAUUUAAAAAUAUUAUUUCUUGAUAUAUUAAUUGAAAUUUGAAUAUAUUGAACAUUGAUUUGACUGCUUAUAAAAUAUUUUUCCGUCGCUAUAUACAUUUUCAUUCUGUACACUGAUCUCAUUAUCAUUACUGUGGUCUACGACCAAAUCUAAGAAAUCUAAAUAAAAUCACACAAGUGGAA